CCUCAACAACACCUUGGGGUCGUUCGGCAACUCGAUGCACACUUCUAGAUACGAGUGAGAGUAGAUGGUGUUGAGGAUAGAGCCUGUUGCCUUGAGAGUGUCUCACUCUAGGCCUCGUGAACAAGGCACGAGCGCAGAACCAUCCCCCCCACCUAUAUCCACCCCUCUCGAGGUCGCCCUGCCCUGGAGAACCUCAAAUCCCCCACUUUACGUUUAGACAACAUGGACGAUGGCACGAUGCAGCUCGUUCCGGGCCGCGGGCUCAGUUUCCUGACGCUGGGCAGCUCACUGCAUGAAGUCCUGACCACGAUCAAGGCUGAAGUAAAAGCCUUCCCUCGAUUCCAACUCUACCACGAUGAUCUGCACCCCAUACUUACUCCCAUCCACCUCGUCCUUCCCGAUAACGGCCUCCGCUUACAGUUCGAUGGCCCUGACCAGCGUUUACGAUUAAUAGAAGUCCUAGACUUUUCUAAAGCGAAACUCGUGUAUAAAGAGGUCGAAGUGUACAAGGCGACGGAUGGCUAUACAGACAUGCAUGGAGUGCCCACCGGACCCAAGUUUAGGCACAUCUACGAUAAACUGCUGGGGCCGACAUAUGGAGGAGAGUACAUACCACCAAACUCGGACGACCCUAGCGCAAAAGGAACAUACAAUCUCUCGUACCCCGGAAUUGCUUUCAACUUUCCGGUACAGCAUUCCGCGUAUUCGCCCAAGAAGGACUUCAUCUCGCUACUUUCCUCAUCCGCUACAGGCCCAGCAACAUCCAUGGCAGUGUUUAGCGGAGAAUCGUGGCAGAAAGCGCGGGCGACGUUAUUCGCAGCAACACCCCCGAAUCCUCGUUCGCUAACUCUAGCGGGAAAGGGUAAAGAAGGUGGCCCAGACGAGAUCGAGCUUGUAAGGGUACAUGGUGAGGGUAGGAUAGAGCUGGUUAGGCGCUCAAGCCCUCCGUUCUGGAUAACGCUCAGCGAAACCACGCCCCAAGAUCUCAUCAUGGAGCUUGGAGCACCAGAUUCAAUAUACAGGAAGAACGACCACCGCCUGUCCAUUCACAAGGAUCGGAGAGCAAGUGACGCAUCUGAUAAUUUCGCCAUCGGUAUAAUACCUGACGACCGCCUUGACUCGGACCACGACUCUGUUAUUGGCACAGAUGAUGAAGAUGACUGGGAGGAUGAUGACGAGGCGGCAACCGAGGCCCAAGAACGCGAGGUUGCAGCAGCAGAGCACUUCUAUAACUACUACCACCACGGAUUCGACAUUCUCAUAUCACAGCCAACACAGAUAUCCCCAGCUUCGCCUACGUCCGAGAGACGGGAAUCGGAUUCCCAUGAAGAUGGCGAGCUGAGCUCUCAGCCAUUGAACCACUUGACUGCCACUAAGAUGAUAUUUCACGGCAACUUGCCCGGAUCAUACCAAUUCAACAGACACCGACGAAGCAGGUGGACGCUGGAACAUGUUCCAUCCGAUCUCUACAAGGAUCCUCUCAAUUCAGAGAUGCGGUUCGUGGACAUCUCUGGCCGGCUCAAGGAAGUCUUCAAGUCGUACUACGAGAGCGAAGAGGAGGAGCGGCUACAGCAACGAGGCAUGGCUUUAAAUAGAGGCUGGGGUGACAGUCCGGGUAGCAGCUGCGAACUUCUCGGCGGAUGGGAAGAUGGCUCAGGGAAGAAGAGCAGAUUUGCCAAUGCCGGGUCAGGGACAGUGGAAGGCGAUGGCAAUGUGGGAAAUGUAGAGCUGUUUGGUUUUCCUGGGAUGAUAUUUGAGGUGCUGAAGAAUGGUGCUGUCAGUGCAUUGACAGUAUAUUGAGCAUCCUGGUUCUUGGUUGCAUUGCAUGGCCGGAGUUCGAAUUUCUUGGCACUGGUUGUACGAGCUUGACGCUUAAUGGGUCGUACCUGCUCUCUACUUGGCUCACUGGAGUCUAAGUCUUAUAUAGAAAUCCGCCAACUUACUCUUGCCAUACCAGACCUUCCAAGACAAAGCAUU